UGUUGCAGGAAUGCAAAUAUUUCAGAUGUAGAACAUCCGCUAAUGCGAUGUCGCUUGUACAACGUUUCUAUGGUCGGUGGCCCUCACCACUCGUCGUUCAUCAGUCAGCGUCGGCUCUGCGUUACUGAUGAAACAUUGCUUGCUUGGAUUAUUGCUCAUCUGUUCAUCAACCUCUUCGCUUUGAGACAGAAAGAGCGCCGUUUAACGAGGUACCUUACUUCUGAAACAACCACAGUGAUGCAUUGUGGACUUUCCUCUUCACUGAUAUGUUCAAUGAUGGCAGAGUAUUAUUUUUCUUUGAAACCGGGAUCUCCGUGUUACGUGUAUCAGGUUCUCACCACAGGGAAUCCUGUAUGUAUGAGAAAAAUCUGGUCUCUUUAUAGAUCGUGCUCUUCAAAAAGACAGCAAAUAAAAUUAGAUAGUGAAUCCCAUGUUUAG